UUGUAGAUCCAGUUAUUUAAUUAUUGAAAUGUUUAGUUUGCGCGUGAUUGAUACGGAGCUGCUGCGACUCCAGGUGACGGUGUAGCUGCACGGAAAGUCGGGAACGGUCCUGAAAGAAGAAGGAAAUUUCGCUAUUGCUGGCACGGCUCACGUUGGUAGAUCCGAGGAUUGGAGCAGGGAAACCAAUACUUUUAGCGAUUACCUACCAACUAAACCCGGUGUGAUCCGCUGAAAAGACGGCGUCCGAAAUCCUCCCCAACAAAUCUAAAAGUAUUGCCCGAUUGUCCACUGGAAGGAUGGAGUGCCAGCUGUGCAAUUUUCCGAACACGGACCGGAUGGUGGGCUGCUGUGUCUGCGGAUCGUGGAUGCACUACGAGUGCGUGGGCGUCAACGACAGCGUCGCGGCGCAUAGUCGUUCGUUCUUCUGCCCUCCAUGCCAGAGGCCGACACCAAAACCCCAGCCACUGGUGGAAGAACUCGGCAAGAAACACGAUGGCAAGGCCAAGAGUUCCAAGGCGGGGUCGAAAGCGGGAUCGAAGGCGGGUUCCAAGGCAAGUUCGGUGCAGUCCGGCGUCGGUGCACGAACCAGAUUGGCUCAGCUGAAGAUCCAAAAGCUGGAGGAGCAGAAAAAGCUAGCGCUACAACGCCUGGAGCUGGAGAGCAAGCAGCGAGACGCGGAGAUGGCUGCCAAGAAGCAGGUGCAGGAAGCGGAGCUAGCGGCGUUGAAGCUACAGGUUGAAACGGAGGCGCUGGAAGAGACGUUCCGACUGCUCGAGGAGUUGGAAAUCGGAGAUGAGGACGGCGAUGGCAGAAGCGUGGCUUCGGAGCAAAGUUCGCGCAGCAAGGUGACGAGGUGGCAGCAGAACCAGGAAGUAAAGAGCUCGACGCUGAUGAGACCAACGAAGACUUCAGCUGGAACUGGUCAACGAGCGGGGAACCCGACGACAUCUGGAACAGUCGCUGGUCAGGUGGGACAACCGGCCGGUGGAAACCGAACCGUUUUAGAUAGGGCGUUAGACGGGAUUUCCCUGAACGACACAGUAGCGCAGUCUACGUUAGGAGGUUUUAUUGGGAGAGUCUCAGAGACUGUAGUUUCGAAGCAUGCCACUCAAAAUCCAUUUGCACCGGGCACAAAUAACGCGGAAUCUUCUCCAAGUCCAAUUAAGUCUUCUCCGACUCCCGCGAACGGGAAACCCCAACCCCCCACUAGUCUGAUCCAGAGUCUUCUGUCAAGACAGCCAGUGUUGAAUUCGGAAGUGAGUGCGAGUAGUGGUCAAGGGAACGGUCAGCAGAUGAAUCCUGGAGGACAAUCGCAAACUCAACCGGGUCCGCAGCAGUCAGCAGGAGGAACUACGCAGACGCACACUGGGACCGGAGGAGGGCAGACAACUGGGAGGCGACCGCAGUCGUUUACGAAGCUUCCGGGUUUGCAAGAACCACCACGGGUAGAUGGAAACCAGGUGGAACGCAACGAUGACACACCGGACUACUACGGACCGACUCCGCAACAGCUCGCUGCCAGGCAGGUGAUCUCGAAGGAGCUGCCCGUGUUCACGGGAAAUCCUGAGGACUGGCCGCUGUUCAUAAGCGCGUACGUCAACACGACGAACGCGUGCGGGUUUUCGGAUGCAGAGAAUUUGGCCAGGUUGCAGAAGUAUGUUCGAGGCUACGCGUACGAAAGGGUGCAAGGACGCUUGCUUCAUCCGGCGGGGAGUGCCGCACGCUAUGGCCACAAGGUGCACAACGCGCCAGCGCCAAAGCCGGACCGGCUUGAGACCUACAUCGAUUUCGGGUUGGCGGUUCAGCUGCUCUGCGAUCAUCUGGAAGCUGGAGGACACGAGGCACACCUGAACAACCCGAUGCUGCUGUUCGAGCUGGUGGAGAAGCUGCCUGCGAACGCGAAGCUGGAUUGGUCGCUGUACAAGGAGCGUUGCAGCCAGGUGAACCUGACGACGUUUGCGUGCUACAUGUCAGCGUUGGUGAAGGCAGCCUCGGACGUAACGCUUAGCUAUGGGUCCAAGCAGCAACAACAGCAGGCGCGGGUUGCGAAACUGGACAAGAGCAGCAAGGACAAGAACUUCUGCGGCGCGCACUCCUCCGAAGACGUGUCACGGACGCCAGUCAAGGAGGUUACGGAGAAGAAAGCGGCGCCGGCGUGCUUCGUCUGCAAGGACCCCAAACACCGCGUGAAGGAUUGCGCCGAGUUCGGGAAGAAGACGCUGGAAGAACGUCGGAGGAUAGUCGACGAAUACAGACUGUGUGGCAAUUGUCUAGGUGUUCACGGGAAGAAGCCGUGUCGAAGCAGCGACAAAUGCGACAUUGACGGGUGCCAACAGCAGCAUCAUGCUCUGCUGCACUUUAAGCAGAAGUCGGGAGCCACGGAGUCGAAGCGCGCUGAGCAGAAGCGGGAGAAGAACGAACCGAAGGUGUCAGGAGCGAACGCGAUUACCAACCAUCACUACGCCGGGAAGACGGCGCUGUUCCGAAUCAUCCCAGUAGAGCUGCACGGGAACAACCGUACGGUGUCAGCUUUCGCAUUCUUGGAUGACGGAUCGUCGAGGACGAUGGUGGACGAGGAGAUCGCCAAGGAGCUCGGCGUCGACGGUGAGGUGCUUCCGCUGUGCUUACAGUGGACGGCGAACGUGAAGCGCACCGAAUCGGAGUCUCAGCGGAUCGCGCUGGAGAUUUCCGGUAGCGAAGACGAGGCCAGGUUUGCGCUUAACGACGUGCGGACGGUGAAGAAGCUGGAUCUGCCACGACAGUCUUUGCGGUACGCAGAACUGGCUAAGACGUUUCCACAUCUGCAAGGCCUGCCGGUGAAGGACUACGCUAACGCUGAUCCACGCAUUCUCAUUGGGAAUGACAACGCUCACGUCACGGCGAUGCUGAAGGUCCGAGAAGGACAGCCUGGAGAACCGAUUGCGGCGCGAUCCCGACUCGGGUGGACAGUGUACGGUAAGCAGGACCAUACUGCUGGACGCGUACACAGUUUUCACGUGUGCGAAUGCCAGGACGACCAAACGCUGCACGAACUGGUGAAGGAGUUCUUCUCGGUUGAAAGCUUGGGUGUGGAAGCGACAGCAGGUCCGGAAUCUGAUGAAGUCCAGAGAGCGAACAAGAUCCUGCAAGAAACGACGAAGCGGGUCGGCCAGCGAUUCGAAACGGGGCUGCUGUGGAAGUACGACUGCUUCGAGUUUCCCGACAGCUAUCCUAUGGCGAAGCGUCGACUGCAGUGCUUGGAACGACGAAUCCAGAAGGAUCCGGUGAUUGGCGAGUGUCGUGAGGCAGCUGUCCGAGUACCAGGAAAAGGGUACAUCCACAAGGCCACCCCGGCAGAACUGGAAGAAGCUGACCCUCGGCGCACAUGGUACCUACCGCUAGGUGUCGCGCUGAACCCGAAGAAGCCGUCGAAGGUCCGCAUUUUCUGCGAUGCUGCCGCCAAAGUGGACGGAGUCUCGCUGAACACGAUGCUGCUCAAAGGCCCGGAUCUUUUGAAGACCCUUCUGCACGUGCUGUUCGGUUUUCGGGAGAAGCGAGUGGCACUUUGCGCCGAUAUCAAGGAGAUGUUUCACCAAGUCAAGAUUCGGAAGGAAGACCGGCACGCUCAACGUCUGCUGUGGCGUGACGACUCAACGAAGGAACCAGAAGUCUACUUGAUGGACGUCGCGACGUUCGGGGCCACAUGUUCGCCAUGCUCGACGCAGUUCGUCAAGAACCGGAAUGCAGAGGAGCACGCGCACGACUACCCCGAAGCUGCGGAAGCCAUCAUCCGAAAGCACUACGUGGACGACUACCUGGACAGUGCCGAUUCGGUGGGAGAGGCGACGAAGCUGGCGUUGGAAGUGAAGCACGUACACUCUCUAGGCGGCUUUGAUCUCCGGAACUGGCUGUCAAACUCCAAGGAGGUUCUCGCACGGGUCGGGGAGAACGAUCCUGCUCUCGAGAAGUGCAUGCAGUUGGACAAGAACGACCCGAUGGAGCGAGUGCUGGGAAUGUACUGGAAGCCGGACGAAGACGUCUUCACCUUCACGAUGACGCUAACGUUCGAUGCCGAUCUUCCUACGAAACGGCAAGCGCUGCGGAUCGUAAUGUCGCUCUUUGACCCGGCGGGAUUGCUUUGCUUUUUCAUCAUCCACGGCAAAAUCCUGAUCCAAGAGGUGUGGCGAGCGAAGACCGAGUGGGACCAGAAGAUUCCGGACAAGCUGAAGGAGCGCUGGAUGCGGUGGAUUGCUAUGUUCAAGCAUCUGAGCGAGCUGCACGUUUUCUGUGACGCCAGCGAGGAAGCCUACUCGUGCGUAGCGUACUUUCGCGCGGUGUACUUUGACGGGACGAUUCAAGUAGCGCUGAUCGGGGGAAAAGCUAAAGUGGCUCCUCUCAAGGCAUUGUCUAUACCCCGAUUGGAACUGAACGGUGCGGUUAUCGGAGUACGGUUGCGGAAGUCGAUCACGAAUGGCCACAGCCUGAAGAGUGACAAGACCGUGAUGUGGACCGACUCGAGAACGGUGCUGGCCUGGAUCAACUCGGACCAUCGGAACUACCGGCAGUUCGUGGCGUGUCGGGUAGGUGAGAUCCUGUCGAAGUCGGACGCCGCGGAGUGGCGCCACUGUCCUGGAAAACUGAAUCCAGCGGACCUGGCCACGAAGUGGGGCCCGAGGGGUCCAAGUUUCUCGCCGGAUUACCCGUGGUACGGACGUUUCUUCAUCCUGUCGCGGGAAAUCGAGUGGCCCAUGGACGUGAAUCCCACAGAGGAGACGACGGAGGAAGAGUUGCGUGCCUGUCUGGUCCACAGCGAAGCGGUGACUAAGCUGACAAUCGACUGGCAACGCUUCUCUGACUGGACGCGGCUGCUGCGGGCGGUGGCGUACGCUCUCCGUUACAAGCAGAACUUCGAGGAACUGUUGGUGGCGGAGACGACGAUCUUCCGGACAGUGCAGAGUGAAGCGUAUCCAGACGAGGUGGCCACCUUGUCCGUAGCGCGCGGAAAGCGGACGCCGAGACGUCAGGUGGAGCUGGAGCGAACCAGUCUGAUCCGGAAGCUGUCGCCGUUCAUGGACGAAGCGGGAGUGAUUCGGUCGGAUUCUCGGAUUUCCGAAGCUACGUUUGCGUCGCACGACACUCGGUUUCCGAUUAUCCUACCGAAAGGCCAUCAGGUGACGAACGUGCUGCUGUUUUGGUACCAUCGGAAGUUUCUUCACUCCAACGGCGAAACGGUCGUGAACGAACGAGGCUGCAGGCCUUCGAGCGGCCGUUCUCCUGCACUGGUAUAG